AUGGCACACCCUGUUGACAGGCUGCGCAGCAAGUACGAGGACUUCCAGCACAGAAUGGCGCGGCGGCAGGCGCGCAAGGCGGUGGAGGGCGAUGUAGCCACUGCAGCAGAGGAUGAGAAUGGUCACCCAGCGCGGGCGGCGCUGAACACCCUCAAGGCGGCCAGGCCGCGGGGUCCUCGGGCCAGGCAGGCAGCUGCCACUGCCCAGGCAGCUGGAGGUAUCAGCCGGCCCAAGCGCAAGGGCCUCUUUGCAGCCGCAUCCGACUCAGAGAACAGGCCUUCUGGCGGGCUGGACAUCUUUGUGGACGAGGCAUUCCGGCCCGGCGGAUCAUCUGCUGAAGCAGUGCCAGAAGCCGCUCACACAGGAGAGACGGGCUGGAAACAGCUGGGCACCUUUGAACAGACCCGAAAGGAGAAUAUGCAGCAGCCCGGCAGAUGGGCAGGAGCAAAGUUGAAGCAGAAGCAGUCCUUGAUGGUGGAACCGGCUCCUUCCCUGGAGAUCCAUGUGGACGAGGAACUGGCGCAGCAGCCCUUACGACGCAGGGCCAAGCCAGACAUCGCGGCUGGACCCAGCCUGCGCCUGCGCCUGGACGCACCCGACCUAGAGGAGCACCUGCAGCACGAUCCCCUCCGACUCCACAAGGGUCAGCCACUGGCGUCAGAGGCGAUUCACGAGCCCAUUGCUGCAUCGCGUGAGAGGGCGGUGGCGGAGGGCCCUGCCCCCAAGCGCAAGCGCGAGGAGCGCUUUGCCUGGGAUGCUGAAAAGCUGGAGGGUCCCUCUGGGAUUGAGUUGAGCUUUGAGGAGGUGCGUGCCCGCGACUAUCUGCAGCAUUCCAAGGCUGCGGCGCAGGCUACCCAGCGGUCUCCUGCGUCAGACGCCAUGGACAUCAGCUCCCCAGUCCAGUCGCCUGCAGCCAGGGCCGCCCCAGAGCCGGACCUGCACGCCACACCCUCCCCGGACGCAGCUCACCGCUCCCCUGCAGCUAUGGCAGGCUGCAGUGAGCCGGAUGCAGGUGCGGCCGCACAGCAGCCAGCGGUUGGGGAACGGCUGAAGGCGGUGCGCACGCAGCUGGCGGCCGCGGCAGAGGAGUGCGACGCGGUGCGGCUAGGCCGCGCAAACUCCAGUGCGUCUCCGGCCUCGGACGGCAGCAGCCAGCCGCGCACGCAGCCCUCCUCGCCGGCCUUUGAGCGCUCGCUUUCCGGCAGCCCACUGACAGCCGUCCAGGAGGAGCUGCCCUCUGACCUCGCCGCGGCGGCUGAGGUGCACCAGCCGACGGUUGACGCCGCAAUGGACGUGACCAUCGCGACACAAGCCGCCUUUGCCGCGGUGAACAACAUGUUUGCGGAGACCAUGGCCCUGCCGAGGCAGCGGCAGCCGUCCGCCAGUGCACCAUUCUCCGCAGCAGGCGACCAGCACGGCCUUCAGGGAUCUACAGGUGCAGUGCAGGCAGAGCUGCAGAUGCACGGCGAGGCAACGGCAGCCGCACAGCGCAGCGGGGCCGACAUCACGAUCGCAACGCGCAGCGCCUUUGACGCGGUCAACUCCAUGUUCCACGGCGCGCUGCCGCACGACGCGCCCUGGCCCAGCCAGAUAGGGAACUCCCUGCCACGCCGCGGCGCCGGCCGCGUGUCGUCCGGCGGCGCCCUGCCCGCCAAGCUGAUUGCCGGCCGCCACCAGCCGUCAGCGCGGCGCAGCUCGUUCCGCCGCAGCGUCGCGCCCGAGCCGACCGUCACCAUGGGCACACAGGCCGCCUUCGACACCCUCAACAGCAUGUUUGCCAGCCAGCUGCCUCACGAGAGCGCAGGCGCAGCUGCGCAGCAUGCAGAGCCGGUCAGCCAUGGGGACGAAUUGACUGGCAGAGGACUGCAGGCAGCGCCAGCCGAGCCUGCCCUGGGUGAAGCCGGCCUUGACUUCAGGGUCUACGAGGACACGCAGGUCUUUGGCCGAAAGCCUCAGACAGACGCCAGCGGGGAGCUGGCAAUCUACGAGGACACCCAGUUCAUGCGGGCGGCUUCCGCACUCACCGCCCGCUCGCUGGCAGAACGUGAGGGCUCAGAUUUUUCCGCGGCCGCCGCACCGCCCCAGGAGUCCCCCACAGGCUUCCAGCUCUACGAGGACACGCAAUUCAUGAAGGAGAACGGCCAAGGCGGCCCAGGCGACAGCCUGCAGCUCUACGAGGACACACAGUUCAUCGGCUCUGCCGCGUGUCGCGCCGGCCCCGGUGCCGCACCGCAGCCGGCCGCACAGCAAUCGGCAGGGCUCGGCAUUUAUGAGGAGACAGAGUUCCGUACUGUGGGCGGCGCGCAGCGGGAAGACUCCCCACGACACGCUGGUUCAGGCGUCCUGGAGGUGUACGAGGAUACGGCACUGCUGCAGGGGCUGCAGGCAGAUGCGCGGUUGCCAAGGCAAGAUGUGACGGCCUUCAUGACAGAGAAUGUGGCGCCUCCUGCCAGGCACCAAGCCGACCAGGACACUGGAGACCUGUUGGCCGACGCCGAUGUACUGGAUGUCCUUGCAGACCAGGAGAACCUGGGGACGGCUGAACGCAUUCUGCCUGCGCGCGAUCUGGGCGAUCCUGCAGCGGCUGCCUGCGUGCUGCAGGACUUGUCUUUGCAGCGCACUGCGGCUCUGGGGGUCCAGAUUGACGAGGACGUGGACGCGCUGCAGCGACUGCACCUGGCGGGCACUCAAGAGCCAGAAGGUUUUGAUGUGUUUGACUGUGCUGACGCGCGUGAAGGCGAGAGCGGUAAACUCGGCAGUGGAGCAAGCAGCAGCUCAGCCCACCUGUCAUAG